AUCCCGGCUGAGGCAGCUCUUGCGCUAUCAGAGACCACGCUCUGCAAACCCCUGAAUCCAGCCCUGACCAUGACAGAUAUGAGGGAGCCACCAUCAAAAAGCCUUGCGUGAGGAUGUAGCUGGUCGGAGGUGCCUGGCAGCCACUUAUCUCCCCCUCUCCACUGAAAUAACAUGCACAUUCCUUGGAGGAGUCACAGCUGAUAGGUCUUGGCCAAGUGAUGAUGGAUUGUAGUCUUUCGAAAUAUCUUCCUCUGCUGGGACAAGUAACUACAGUUUAAACCUGAACUUUGCUGUCCUCUGCUGGAAAGGAAGCAAAAUGACACUGAAGAAAAUUCACAGGAGACUGGCAUUUCCCAGGACCAUAAUGUGUGACAUUGCAGGUCUAAACCAUGGGCACAAGCAGGUCAGCAGCAACCAAUACAUUCCUAUAAUUAUUUACACCACAGACCGAGUGUAUUGUGACUGUAUUUUGUAUGCAAAUAUGCCUGAGCUGCAAUACUUGGCACAAUCUGGGAACUAAAUAUGAGGUCCUGGAAACUUAAUAUGAGGCCAUGGAAACUUUUUUUCUGCAAUGCAAAAUUAUGUCCGAAAAACAAAAGGUGAUGCUCCAGUAAAGUGAACUGUGAGUUGUUCAAAUUACACUUCUGUCUGGCUUUCUUUUUUACACAUGACCACGAAGGGCAUCCCAAAACAUCACUGGCCAGGAUGCAUUUAAUGUCAACGCUCCGGCCAGACACACUGGCCGUGAGUGCUCUACUCCCAUGUCCCCACUGCCGGCGGGGCUGGGAUUCACAUUGCGGGACAUGCCCGCAUGUAAGUUCCAGCCCGUCACUCACCUCCCUCGUCAUCCGUGUUCUCAGUCCCAGCACGCAUGCGCCCGCCUCCUAGGGGAGCUCUGUGAUUCAAAGGGCCAGUGCGCCCUAAUUGAUAUCUUCACCUGUUCCUUCCCUAUAAGUGUUUGCACCUCCUCCCUGCCCUGGGCCGGAUCUUUGUUGCCCUAGUGCCUGAGAGAAAGCUACUGUGUUUCCUGUGUUCCUGAUUAUCCGUGUACAUGAUCCUUGUUCUGUUACAUGACCCUGCUACUGUGCCGCCUGCCCUGGCCUUCAGCUAUCCUUACCAUGUCUUGUCUUAUCGUUCUGUACCAUGCUUCAUCCCAGCUACCUGGGUGGACGAGUUGUGCCAGGUGUAGUGACCUGGGUGCCGCCUGCAGCAGCAAGACCAUCCUGCUUUGCGGUGGGCUCUGGUGAAAACCAGCUGCACCUUAGACUUUGCUCCCCCUGGUAUGGCUCAAAUCAUCAUUCACACAGGCCCAGAGGAUCCACCACCUGCCGUGACCCUUGCAGUAAGAUCCUGCCAUGGAUCCCGCUGGGGUGCCUUUGCCAGACAUUUCGGAUCUCUCCACCGUUGUGGAUCAGCAGUCAGAGCAGUUAGCUCAUCAAGCACAACAGCUGAAUCAACUUUUUGCUAUGGUGCAACAGCUUCUUACCGUUCAGCAGCAACAACAGCAGCAGCAACCUGUGCCUGAGCCUCCUCCUGUGUCAGCUGUUUCUUCCGGGUCCAAGCUUUACUUAUCCUUGCCCUCAAAGUUUGACGGAGAUCCCAAGCUGUGUAGAGGCUUUGUGACACAGUGUUCUAUGCAUCUAGAACUCAUUGCCAAUCAGUUCCCGACGGAGCAUGCUAAAGUGGCAUUUGUGGUCAGUCUACUGUCAGGUAAAGCCCUGGCCUACUCCUCUCUGGGAUCAUAAUGAUCCGGUCUCCUCAAAUCUACUGGCCUUCCUUGCAGAGGAAGAACCCGCACAAGCCUCCUCUGCCGAGACAGCUCUUCUGACUCUUUGUCAAGGUAACUCCUCUGUGGGCGACUACGCUGUUCAAUUCCGCACACUGGCUUCUGAACUGGCUUGGAACGACGAAGCUUUGUGUGCCACCUUUAAAAAUGGACUCUCCAGUAGAAUCAAGGGUGCUCUCUCUGCUCGAGAUCCUCCGACUAACCUGAGCGAACUUAUCCAUUUGGCCACCCGUAUUGAUGUGCGUUAUACUGAGAGGCAGGAAGAACUUCAUUUGGAAAAAGAACCUGCCCUAACACAACGAUUACCCCGUCUAGCUCCUGUGUUCCAACAGCCACCUCUACCAUCUUCUUUGACUCCUGCCGAAGAAGCUAUGGAGGUGGAUUGCUUUCGCCUAACACAUCAGGAAAGAUCCCAUCGAGAACUUGUGCCUAUAUUGGGCCAGUCCAGAGCACUUUCUCAAAGACUGUUCUAUACGUCCUACGCGUCCAAGACAUAUAGAAAGCUUGCAUCUUUGACAAGUAAGAGUGGCGUCCCUAGAUGUGAAUAUUAUCUCUCCUCAUUUGACCAUUCCAGUUCAGGUCUUUACUCCUGCCAAGAUGUCUUUCAACGCUUCUGCAUUUUUGGACUCUGGUUCCGCUGGCGACGUCAUUGGUGCCUCCCUGAUCCAGAAACUUCGUCUUCCUGUGACUCGUCUUGCCAAGCCCUUCAAGAUGAAAAAAGCACAUACCUCGGUCAGAUGGAGAGAGACACAAGUACAAACCUGCCGCGCUUCGUUUCAGGGGCACGUGCAUGGGAUCGUGGCUCAGUUUCGCCUAUUCACAUCCACGUUACUGUUUACCAGUUCUUCUUCAAUUACCUGCCAUCUAAGAUCUGA